AUGAAGGCUUCGCAGGUGGCUAGCUUCCAGCUGACCAUGACGGCUGCUCUUAGGCGGCCUUGGUCUAUGAACAAAGAUGGUGCCAUCUGGUACGGUCAAUACAAAACUGGUUCCAAGAGACAUCCUUUGACCACCAAGCAAGGAAACAAGAACUUCUACAAAGGUACCGGUUCUGCCGGCUAUGGUAAAAUCAACUCUGCUGGUCAUUUCGUGAUUGAUUGGAAGAAGGUCCGUACAUACGUGGUUCCUGCCGAGUUGACCACCACCAAUCUCAAAUCGUUGGUUCUGCCUAAUACACCUCGUAUUCGUCAAAUUACCAGAGGCUACGACGAAGGCUUGGUAGACCCAGAACUCACCUGGAACAACAUCAAGAGCUUCAUUGAACACGGUGUCAACUAUAGUGACGACUUCGACUUGGAGAAGAACAACUACCUACAUGAGAUUGUGAACCCCAAGUUGGAUCAAAUCGAGGCGGAGGAGAGCCCUAUCAUCAAGAGGGAUUAG